CGCUAUACGUACGCGUGCUGGACCACGUGCUACGCCACAGCUUCGGCCACCCGUUGAGCGUGCAGCUGCUAGCGCUGAGUUCUCUCGUUCUUCUGCUGAGCGUGCUGCUGUUCUCACUGGAUCCAUGGCUUGAUGACGACUCGCACCAGUAUUUGAGGCGCUUCGUACCCUCAAUCAACGUCGAGUUCGACUCAUUCGCGGUGGACCACCUUGUGGUGUUUGGAGCCAUCUCCCCGCCGUUGACAUGGCUACUCUUGGUCCACGUCGCGUACUCGCAGAUCGACUCGCGGGUUGAAGCAGCCUUGCUACUAUUACGCGUCGCUAGUUGCCUCACCGUCACCUUUGCGCUCACCGUGCUAUUGACCGAGUUCUUGUCCAGGAGAGCCACGUUGGCGUUGGUAGCUUUAGCCUACGCAUCACUCGGUCUGCUCUACUCGUGGAGUGUACCCGUUUGGAAAUGGUAUCAAGAAGAGAUGCGCACGAGAGGCUUAGUAGGAUUCCUUCCGAAAUCUUUGCAAGAGCUACUGCUACAGACUUCACUAUUGGAGUGGCUAACUGACACGAGCUUUUCGGAUAAAGUGGCGCCGUUUUUGCCAUUUUUACUGCCUUUAACAAGAGCUGAGCAGAUGAAAUUGCUGGAACAAAUGCCGCCCGAGUCUCAAGUGAUGAUGACCAAACCAGGAUUGUUACCAUUAUUGCCAGAUUCUGUACAAAAUGUGUUGCUGCCGGCAGAGGAUAGCAGCGACGAGGACGUGGAGAAACUGGAGCCUCAGGCAAGUGAAGGAACGUUGGUAGUACAUGAGACCGAAGAGAUCAGGGACAUCAGGAUGCAGCAAAGGCAGUUGUUGACGCUCAAACCGUCAACUACGACGAUGUCGGGCUUCGACUUCCAUCGACCGGAAGUGGUGGGCACAGUACGGACUUCGCCGUCACGCGAGCAGGUUCUCAAUGAAAUUAUGGCGUCCAGGAUGUGGAAUGGAUGCCAGGAGUUGGUGAAGAUGCCGAGCUCCAAGACACUGAACCGCACGGCUGCCAUGUCGAGUGCAUUGCUGGUGAUACAGCUGUAUGCGUCGAAAGGAAGUCGGAGGGUUUUCCUGACUUUUGUGCAGUUUGUGGCUACGUCGGCGUUGAGUUCCGUGGCGUGUUGUGCAAUUUUCCUGCGCUUUGUGCAGCUACUGGAUCUAAAAUGGACCUCGGGGCGUACGAUGCCACUUCUGCGCUAUGCGAGGCAGUAUCUGUUGCGUAAUGGGAACGUUGGGACGCCGCAGAUUUCUGACCAACCUGCUAAUGGGUCUGUGACGCUGCGUACAGCCGCUUCGUCGGUGUCUGUUGUGAUGGCUGCAUUGUAUGUACUCCGAAAAUUGCGCCGGUAAAUUGUGAAUAAACGGAGAAGAGUAAAACUUGAUGCUAAUAAAGCUGAAGGAACAAGGGCGAGUGCAAAGUUAUAAAUGUUACUCAGGUUAUAUUAGCUUUUGUAAGUUUGCUGUUUGGCAAGUUGGGUCGCCGUAUCUCCGUCGAGAAAAAGAAACGGAAAGUUCAGGUUGGCACUUACUACGAAGAGAACGAAAGUAAACAGAUACUUCUACCUUUGCUACUAGCAAAAAUAUAAAACA